AAUGAUUUUACCUCGCAUGUAUAACAAACUUUUAAUUAAUUCGUCACCCAAAUAAUUAAGUCAUAAUCAUUGAUUAUUUAUCCCUACCUUGUUUCUUCUCUUCCCAUCGUUUAAUUAUAAUCAGAGAGCUCAGCUUUCUAAUUACACAGUCGAGUAAUACCACUACUAGCUACAACUCUGAUGUUGACUUUGUAUGGUCAAGAGAGGUCAACGGAGAUCACCACCACGAAUACGGAUGUUUCCGAUCGCCGGGACGCGACGCCGCCGGCGGAGCCAGUCGUGAGAGAUAUUCACGCGAUGACGACGACGGAGCUUCCACGGCUACAACAACAAAGGGGAGGAGGACACUUGUCUCCGUCGAGGUCGAUGAAUUUUAGCGACGGAGCUUCUUCUUCCGGCGAGAAUUUCACCACCGUAAGCAGAGAGUUCAACGCUCUAGUCAUCGCCGGCUCUUCCAUGGACAACAACAACAACAACGGAAAUAACCAUCGUGACGUCAUAAACGAGCUGGCUAGGAUCGGUGAAAACGACGACGUUGGUGGUGGUGGUGGUGAUCAACAUCAUAAUCAGGUGCCUGAGGAAGAUACGAAUCCGUGGGCGAUCGUACCGGAUGGUUACGAUAACCGGACGGCCGGUUCGGAGAAUAAUAUUGUGUCGACGACGUCGUCAGGUGGUCAGAAUCGGAUGGUGACGACUGCGUCGGUGCAGAGGGUGAAGAGGGAGGAGGUGGAUGCGAAGAUAACGGCGUGGCAAACGGCGAAAGUGGCAAAGAUUAAUAAUAGGUUUAAGAGACAAGACGCCGUUAUUAACGGUUGGUUGAAUGAGCAAGUCCAUAAAGCUAACUCUUGGAUGAAGAAAAUCGAGAGGAAAUUAGAAGAAAGGAGAGCAAAGGCGAUGGAGAAAACACAAAACAAAGUGGCAAAAGCUCAGAGGAAGGCGGAGGAGAGGAGAGCGACGGCGGAAGCGAAAAGAGGGACGGAGGUUGCUAGGGUUCUUGAAGUCUCUAAUCUCAUGAGAGCCGUUGGACGACCUCCGGCCAAACGCUCCUUCUUCUCUAUCUCCUAGCUAUAAAGCCUAGCUACUUUUCAUUACAUCAUAUUUUCUCCAAAUUUUUCAUGUGGGUUAUAUAUGCUACAAACGGACAUCUUCUUUUGGAAAUCAAUGUAUAUAGAAUGUAAUAGCUAUAAAGGUACUGUAAAUUGUAUGUUUUCUUCCAUACCACAAAAAAAAGUAAGAAAUUGUUGUGA